AUGAAGGAAAAGCCAGGCCAGUGCAGUUCCUGCGAGCAGGCAAACUCGUCGCAGCUUAUUUUACAAUUGGAGAGACGAAUCACAGCUCUGGAACAACCUGUUUGGACGGUGAGCGCUGCGGAAAACCGGUGGAGGGCUUGCACGAAGGGGCCGUGCAAGUGUCGGCCACAAACACAGACCCUGACCUGCUGGCGCAGCGAGCUGGGGUACCUGCCUCCUCUGCAGACUGUGCCGUCGGACGUGCGACUCAUAGAUUGUGGAAUUAAUCACCUGUCGACACUUCAUAAAGAUGCUUUCAAACAACUUGGAAAUCUUUCAGAACUAGAUUUAUUUGACAACAAAAUCGACUACUUGCCAGAUUUAGUGUUCGAAUUCUUACUCGAGCUGCGGUAUCUGAAAUUGCACAGAAAUCGACUGCGUGAUAUCCCGAGCGAAAUGUUCAUCAAUUUAUCAAAUCUAGAAACAUUGUAA